GUUACAUUGUUUGGUUGUAUUUUGUUGGAGAAUUAAAAGGCUUCUGCGUGUGGUCUCACAUAAUGGAAGGGAUAAAUACUCCAAACUUUGAAAACGUAAAUAAUAUUUGUUAUGGACACCCUAACGACGAUAAACUAUUUGAGACCUUAAAAGACUUUUCGAUAAGUCUCGAUAAUUUAGAAAACGAUUUGACCUAUGCUGUAAAAGCGCAUAAUAGUCCAAAGUUGACUAUUGAGGAGCAAAUAAAACUUGACACAUUUUUGACUUAUUUAAACAGCACCUUAUUUUGGAUGUAUCUUAAACUACAAGGAUCUGAUAUAAAUAAGCAUUAUAUUUUACACGAUUUGAGUCGAGCGAAGGAAUUGCUAGCUCGUGAAAUGCAAAUUACCUGUUCUUUAUCUGCACAUCGUUUGGAUAUAACUGCAACAAAACGUUUUAUUGCUGCUGGAAUACAUACACGCUUUGUGGAUAUGGAUGGUGUUAUGGUGACCGAAGCUCAUUAUAAGAGUAGUGUAGGAGAUGCAGGAAUUAAAAAGCAAAGAAACAAUGAAUCAACGCAAUAAAUCAUUUUGAACUGUUAA